UCUCUCUCUCUCUCUCCCUGUCUCUCUCUCUCUCUCUCCCUGUCUCUCGUCUUUAGGUUAGGCUAUGCUACACUCCUCUUCUUCUUCUUCUUCUUCUCCUUCUUCUUUACUGUACUCGGCGCUGCCGCUGCACGGAUGCGCCCCGCGCCGCUCUGCCGCUCCGCCGCUGGAUCUCUGGGAAUAACUUCCAGCGCGUCGUCGUCGCCGCUGCAGCCGCAGCUCACACUCAGAUCACACCGGAGAUUACCCAGAGUGCCGCUGGCCUGUGGAUCGCCCAUCACAGAGGAGAGAGAGAGACGCAGCGAGAGAUCGAGGAGGACGAGCAGUGACCAGAGGAGGGGGUGGAGCUUUUGGACGGAAAAUCCCCUCCCCAUCCAGUGAGGUCCCUCCCCUCUGCGGAAGUGCACCUCAGCGUCUGUGAUGUCCUCUCAUGACGCCCAGGUCGGCAGCUGACACUGCCCGUGAGCAGGAGACGCCACUGCUCCACCAGACCUGGGCCGGCGCCACCGGCCAGUUCUCACACUGGAGACUCCACCUCCGUCCACCCACCACUAUCCACAACCAUCAGCAACCACAACCACCCCCCCACUCACUGACACGCUGACGCCCUUUGUAAGCACCAGCAGCAGCAGCAGUCAAAAACCACAAUAUCUUCAGCGCAAUCAGCAGCACCAGCACCACCUCUCCCGCCACCAGCAGCAAUCAUCGCCAUGUCCAGUCGUAGAAAGUCCUCCACCCCCUGCAUGGUCCAGGUCAUCAAUGAAUGGCCUGAGGAACAAGAGCAACCCAAGGAGGUGAUGGACAAGUCAGAAUCUUCUGAAUCUACAGAAGAGAGUCGAGUUGUCCAGAAAGACGAGACGCUACAGAGUCCCGACCAGCAGUCAGUUCUGGAACCGCCGGAGGAAAACCAAAAUCCUGAGCCAUUAGAAAAAGAGGAGAGCUCAUCUGAAGAAGACUCUCCUGUUGUUGAAGACAUAGAAACUACAGAAGAGAAGGAGGGGGAAUCUGAACCCGCGUCCCAGAAGAAGCAGUCCAGACGUUACGAGUGCAAAUACUGUCCGUUUUCAACACAGAACCUGAACGACUUCAAAGAGCAUGUGGACUCAAGCCACCCGAACGUGAUCCUCAACCCGCUGUACCUCUGUGCCGCCUGCAACUUCAACACCAAGAAGUUUGACUCUCUCACUGAGCACAACGACAGCCAGCACCCGGGCGAGACCAACUUCAAGUUCAAGAGGAUAAAGACGAACAAUCAGACGAUCUUAGAGCAGACAAUCGAAGGCAAGGACAAAUCAGCCGAGAGUGAUCGGGGCGAAAGCACCAGCAGUUCUGUGUUUGAGUCCACCACGGUGAAAACCCCGGACAAAAUCCUGCCGCUCCAUCAAGGAGGCAACUUGAAGAGCCAGCUGGACACUCUGAUCCAGAAGGAUCAGAUCACAGCACUGAACAUCAAUGGAACGGUCAUCAUCCCUGAACCUGCCAUCCUUCAAGGGCUUUCCCAUGUCACCCCGGUGCUGCAGCUCCCGCCCAACUUCAACUCUGUACCAAAAAUAGCUGUUCCUUUGAACACCACCAAAUACAACCCUUCGCUGGACAACAACCUGACAUUGAUCACGUCCUUUAACAAGUUUCCUUACCCGACGCAUGCUGAGCUGUCGUGGCUCACGGCAGCCUCCAAGCAUCCGGAGGAACAGAUCAAAGUCUGGUUCACCACACAGAGGCUGAAGCAAGGCAUCACCUGGUCCCCGGAGGAGGUGGAGGAGGCCAGAAAGAAAAUGUUCAAUGGUUCCAUCCCUCCCACCCAUCACAUGUUCACCAGCCAGCCCACCAGUCUGGUCUCCACGCCGUCUGCCAAAGCCUCCCAGCAGCCUGUCGUUCACACCACAGUCGAGCAUCCCGGCCACGUCCGGACGACCUUGCCCACCGCAGUCUCUCCAGCUGAAGCAGCCGUUGGCUCCACCCACAACCUUAAACGAUCAUUACCAGCUCACAUAAUGGCAGCAUUUUGCCCGGAGUCCAAGCGACCCGUCAUGGCAGUCGCUCCUCAUUCUGGCGAGCCUAAAGAUAAGAUUCUAAUGGCUCCUCCCCCACCACCUCCACCUCAGAAAGACCGCUUCACAAAGGCCCUACUUCCUGUUCCCAUGGAGAUGAAGAGACCUGUAGCAGUUACACUGGUCCCUGCAGAUAUGAGGAGGUCUUCUGCGGCUGUGCCUUUAAUGCUGCCACCACCGUCAUCAUCGUCUCCAUCUUUGUUGUCCAAAGGAAAGACUCUUUUGACAUUAGGAAGCCCCAAAACAAAACCAGUGGUGUCACUUCCUUCCAUAGUCUUUCCAGAAUCCCUAACAAGGCCAAUGAUCGCUCCACCACCCAUCUUUGCUCCUCCGUUCAAAAACUCAAUACUUGUUCCUCGCCUUUCGCCCAAAGAAAAGCAUCCCAACGCCCUCAAUUUGCCAGCAUCUGAUUCAAAGCUGCCAAAUUCCCCUCCGCUCAUUACCCCACAGAUCAGGAGGCCACCGAUCAUCCAGUCCAUCCGCGCUCCAGCUAAAGCCCCAACCCAGAUUCUGGGAUUCCCUGUGGAUUGCAAAAAAGCAAAGGAGCAGCAUGGAGUGGAUCUGAAAGCCUGUUACCCCAGAGGAGACAAGGUCAUGACUCCUCUGGCUGAGGCCAACGGUAAAUGGUCCCACAAUCAGGUCUCCGCUGUUCACAACAACAGAGUUCUGCAUUUGGAUGGCAGUGAUGGCAGUGGUGGACUAAAACCAGAUUUCCAGCAGAAGUCCUCGGUGCUGACCCAGUUCCCCCUUCUGGAGAGGAUGAAGGGAAAGACGGCGGAGCAGCUGAAGGUUUUGGAGGAGAACUUCCUGAGGAACAGCUUCCCGACACACAGCGAAGUGGACAGUCUCUCCGCCAUCACCCGCCUGUCUCACCAGGAAAUCAACAGCUGGUUUGUGGAGCGCCGAGCUCUACGAGACAACCUGGAACAAGCACUCCUCAACUCCAUGGGCACCAAGCGCACUGGUGUCACCGAGAAACAACUACAACAGCACCAGACUGUUAAGCUGAAUGGGAUACACAAACCAAGCAUCGUGGGGAACCUCAAAAGCCCCACUAUCACACCCCCCGUCCCCAACUCCUGCUCAGUGCCUCCAGACGCCCGAUCGCUGGUGCUCUUCAAGGACGAUUUUGCUCAAACGCGGUGGCCUUCCCCUGAGGAGCUCAUCCAGCUGGAGGGUCGGAUCGGACUGGCCCGCACCGACCUCGCCCGCUGGUUCACAGACAGUCGGCUGCAGAGCGACAGCAUGGAGCUGACAGAACUAUUUAACAGUAACGGAAUAAAUGGAGGACAGGGGGCGCCGGUGGGCUCCCCUGAAAACACUCCCUCCAGCAUCAUCCAGUGCUGUCAGGAAGGAGCCAUAACAAACAGCAGCAGCAGUAAAGUGCUGGAGGUGGAGUCAGGCUGGCUGAUGGAGCAGAGCGUCAACAACAAUCAACCGUACGAUGAUGUCCAUGACCGCUUUGUCGGAAGGCUGAGGCAGCAGAGUGUGGUGGAGCUGAAGAACGGCGGGGGAGGAGGGAGGAGGAGGAGAGGAGGAGGAGGAGCAGCACGGGACGUGUUUGGUAGCUGGCUGGAGGACGGACGCUCGAGGACAGGACCGGAGCUGCUGCUGGACAGAGAGAGGACGAUGGUGGAGGACGCGUCUGGGAGACUGACUGGAUAAGACGGUGCGAGGACGAUUCUCCGCCGUCGCUGCUGGAAAACUGCAGAAGGAACAGAAGAUUUUUUUUGUCGCAGCUCAGGUUACACAACGUCGUCAUCUUCGUCGUCGUCGCUAGUUUAAUAAAAACUCACGAGGGCUUUUAUUUUGGCGGGGGGUCAAAAGGAAAAAAAAAAAACGGUUACAAAAUCCCAGGUCGUAUGACCAGGACUGAUCACAUGACAUAUUGAUCGAUUAUUGAUUUAUCAGAUUUGGACUCUUUAAAGAGACAGUUCAGGUUUUUUUAAGGCGUGCGUGCGUGCGUGCGCAGAAACGCUCGUCAGUGCGUCAGAAAACCCCGACUGUCCCUUUAUGAAGAGGACGAUGUGUGUGUGACCUGUGUUGUGCGGAGACGUGAGGAGGAGGAGGAGGAGGAGGAGGGUGAACCGCAGCACUGAAUGUGUGCCUGCAGCAGACUGGAUUCAAAACAACAACAACAACAACAACAACGUAAAUAAAGACAAAUGCCGAGUGCCAAAGCUGGAUCUGCUGCAUUCUCACGACACUUUAAACAAAAGGGUUCUUCUCUUCUUCUUCUUGUAAAUAGAAUAUAUUUGUUUGUUUGUUUGUUUUUCCUGUUCUGCUACAGAUUUGUAAAAUUUUACAUUUUGUAAACUGGGAGAAGAUCGUCCAUCUGAAAUCCUC